UCCUUGCCCUCUAACUCUUCCCCUUCUGUCCUUUCUAGGUCGUCUUUGGGAGGAAGUUGACAUCCUUCUCAGCAAUAGCGCUCAGCCAGUUACAGCACGAUAAGAAAUAUGACAUCUAUUUUACAGAUGGAAAAGUUUAUGCUCUCUAUAGGAAGCUCUUGCAACACGAGUGCCCACUUUGCCCAGAAGCCAGGCCAUUUGCCACCAUUGUGGACUUGGAGCAGCACAUGAGGAAGCAGCACGAGUUAUUCUGCUGCAAACUCUGCGUGAAGCAUCUGAAGAUCUUUACAUAUGAGCGCAAAUGGUAUUCACGGAAGGACCUUGCCCGGCACAGAAUCCAUGGGGAUCCUGAUGACACAUCUCACCGUGGCCACCCCCUGUGUAAAUUUUGUGAUGAGCGAUAUUUGGAUAAUGACGAGUUAUUGAAACACUUGAGAAGAGACCACUAUUUUUGCCACUUCUGCGAUUCUGAUGGUGCACAAGAGUAUUACAGUGAUUAUGAAUACCUCCGGGAACACUUUCGUGAGAAGCAUUUCCUCUGUGAAGAAGGUCGGUGCAGCACCGAGCAGUUCACACACGCGUUCCGGACUGAAAUAGACUACAAGGCCCACAAGACAACUUAUCACAGCAAAAACCGGGCAGAGGCCAGGCAGAACCGGCAGAUUGAUCUUCAGUUCAACUAUGCUCCGAGGCAUCAGCGGAGAAACGAGGGGGUUGUGAGUGGUGAAGACUUUGAAGAGGUUGACCGUUACAACCGCCAAGGUAGAGGAGGCAGGGCAGGACUACGAGGAGGACAACAAAACAGGCGAGGCAGCUGGCGAUACAAGAGGGAAGAAGAAGAUCGGGACAUUGCUGCAGCGGUCAGAGCAUCAGUAGCUGCCAAAAGGCAAGAGGAGAAGAAGCGUGGGGAAGACAAAGAAGAGAGCACCCGGGUGAAAAAGGAAGACACGAAAGAUCUGGACUCAAACAUCUCUAAACGAGGACCAAAACCUCAAAUUGAAGUGCCAGUUUCCAUGGAAGCCGUUCCAAAGACCAUUUUGAGCCAGGAUGACUUUCCUGCCAUUGGCUCACCAGCAGUGGGCUCUCUGCAGAGCUUAUCUCAACCAGCCUUGGUAAAACUGGAUGAAGAGGAUUUUCCAAGCCUCUCCUCUUCCUCCUCUGCUCCUGUGGUCUCUUCGGCCCUGUCCUUGAGCUACACAACCACAGCCCAAAGGACCGCCUUCCAGGAGGAGGACUUCCCAGCCUUGGUGUCCCGAGUCCAGCCAAACAGUAAGACAGUGUCUACACUCACGUCCGCCUGGAGCUGUGGCUCCAGUAAAAACAUGGCCCGGGCCAUGGCCAGCAAUCCCAAUGUUGGCCAGCCUGCCCAGAAAGCAGCACCCACCAACAGUGUGAAAGGAAACAAAAAGAACAAGGCAACACUUUCCAGUGACAACCAGGACAACAGCAGUAGCCUGACUGGCCAGGAAAUCCGUGCCAUCCCAACGAUGGUGGACGUCUCCUCUUUGCUGGCAACCUCCAAUUCCCAAGGUUUUAUUAAAGUAGGCAGGAAGAAGAAAGUUGGGGCUGAGAAGCCAAGAACAGCCUCGUCUCUUGUGUCUCAGGAGACACCACCCCCUCUUGCUUCCGUAGAAAAGCCACUGGAGGCUGAGCACCCUUCAAACCUGCCUGCUGGAGCUGUUGUAUCAGAUAGAGCUGCGGCUAUCGUGAACGGCCACUCUGAGAAACCCCUCGUUCCCUGUAAUGCCUCCAAAGAGCCACCCGGCCUUAAGAAGCCCCUUGUGGCUAGCCAGCCCCUGUUGCCUCAGGAAGACUUUCCAGCCCUUGGAAACUCUGGACCAGCUCGAACACUUCCCCCUCCAGGUUUCAAUUCUGUGGUGCUACUCAGCCCACUGCCGCCUCCGGGGCUGUCGGCACCUCUCAGUAAACCACCCCCUGGCUUUGUACCUAUUCCACCCACCACUGCCUCAGACAUUGCCCCUGUUUCUCUGAAAGAAUCAAAACCUUGUCAGGGACCCUACUUGAUCCUAGAAAACUUCCAGCAGCGAAACAUCCAGCUAAUUCAGUCAAUCAAGGAAUUUCUUAAAGACGACGAAUCCCAAUUCAACAAAUUCAAGACUUACUCGGGACAAUUCAGGCAGGGUCAGAUUUCUGCAGAGCAGUAUUACAAAAGUUGCCAGGAGCUUCUUGGUGAGAACUUCAAGAAGAUAUUCAGCGAGCUCUUGGUGCUGUUGCCAGACACGGCCAAGCAGCAGGAACUGCUUGCCACUCACAACGACUUGAAGGCCAAGUUUGGUAUCCCCCCUUCCUCCGCUGGCAAACCCAAGAAGAACAAGAAGGUGGCUUGGCAGUCAGAGUUGGGCACUGAACUUGACUGCUGUGUCUGCCCCACAUGCCAACAGGUGCUGACCCAGCAGGACCUGGCUUCCCACAAGGCUUUGCACCUGGAGGAGGAGGAAUUUCCGUCCUUGCAGGCCAUUAGCCGGAUCAUCAGAUAGCUGUUCCAGGUGAACCAAUAAAUACCAUCUCCAUCUUUAAAAUCCAUGCUUCUUGGAAGGCAGGCAUUUUCUGUGGAGAGGAGAGCAGCUGGCUCUGUGUAUGUGUGUGUGUAUGUGUGGGCUAGAGGGGCGAUAUGGAGGCUGAGAAGGUUGAGAGGCGAUGGCAGCCUGGACAGCCAUUGCCCUUGUGCCAUUCAGAACAAGUUGGCAUUGCAGGGUCACAGGAGAUGUGACUUGGUUUACCACCAGCAUGGAGGGAUUUGCUACUUUCCAGUUGCCCCAGUUGUAGAAAUGGAGUGUUGGUGGGGUGGUUGUAAAAAAAAUGAAGGGGUAGGUUAACAUUUGGAUGCAAAGGAACCCUUGGGAUAGUCACACAAGCAGUGUAGCCCACCAGAGAAGGAAGGGAAUUGGGACUGCAGAGCAGUACAGAGGGGAUGGUAUGGCAUGCAAGGAGUGCUCUGUCCUCCUCACUCCCUCCUCCCCUUCAACUGCAGCAACUCUUUGUGGGGGACAGUUAAGAUUCUUUCACAGGCAGGAGUGAGACCCUAAGAAGAUGCGUACCUAGAUCUCAAAGCUGUUGGAAAGCCAUUCUGGUCUAGCUUAUUUCUGGGGAGGCAAAACCUUGGUGUUUUUGUUUUCUUUCUUCUCCUCCUCCUCCUUAGAACUGCAUGUAGGGAACGAUAAUAUUAAGUGCUUUUCUUUCUCACUGUCAAUGUACAUUUCUACCCCAGUGGUGCAAGUCUGGUUAUUUUCCAUUGUCUUUGAGGAACCUUGCGGUGGCUUAGAUAGACCAGGUGUUGGCUUAUUAAACGCUGCUCCACAUUGACCA